UCAGAAGGGGAGAGAAAAAGCAUAAUAACAGAGGCAGAUAUUGGGAAUGGCAAGCUUAUGUCAGUGUGUCACUGCUGGCUGUAAAUUUGAAUGCAAUUUGAACAACCCUAAAAGAUUGCAUGAGACAGCAGGAAUUAGAACUGGACAUUACUGACACAAUCCUCUAGGCAGCUGAGGCCAUAUUUGCGUAAAUAUGCCUCGGAGAAAGAGGAACGCAGGAAGCAGUUCUGACGGCACGGAGGAUUCGGACUUUUCUGCAGAUCUCGAGCACAACGACAGUUCUGAGAGCAACGCGAAAAAGCGCAGGAAUACUCGACUGACCCGUGCCUCAGCGCGCCUCAGCCAAAGUUCCCAAGAUUCCAGCCCGACAGGGAACGCUCCUACCAGCCGUGUCCCUGAGGAGGCGCUGGCGAGCUUCAUCCCACGAAGAGUCACCCGCAGCCAGAACCGGCAUCAGACCCUGAAGCUGGAGGUGGCGGCUGCCUCCAAGACCUACCCCCUGCGCCAGAGCCGCUCGUCCGGCUCCGACUCAGAGCAGCCGGCAGAGGCCGCCGAGCGGGGACGGAAACAGGGGGUUGAUCCGGACGACACCCCGCCGAGGACACCCACAGGCAACGCCCCUUCCUCUGAGUCCGACAUCGACAUUUCCAGCCCCAACGUGUCUCACGAUGAGAGUCUAGCGAAGGAGCUGGCCCUCAAGGACGCAGGAAGUGACCUGUCGCACCGCCCAAAACGACGCCGCUUCCACGAAAGCUACAACUUCAACAUGAAGUGCCCCACCCCUGGCUGCAACUCCCUUGGUCAUUUAACUGGAAAACAUGAAAGGCACUUCUCAAUAUCUGGAUGCCCACUCUACCAUAACUUGUCUGCAGAUGAGUGCAAGGUGAGAGCCAGCUCUCGCGGACAGGUGGAGGAGAGGACUCUAUCCCACCGGCAGGACGAAAACAGGCAUUCCACCCGCCACCAGACCCCCAUGGAGAGACAGAUGCAGUACAAGGAGAAGGUGACAGAGAUGAGGAAGAAGAGGAACUCGACUCUGCCGAAGGAACAGAAGGAGAAGCAUGUGGAUCAUCGGCAGAGCCAUGGCGCCAGUCGUGAGCCAAUUCUGGAGAACAUCACUAGUGAUUACGACCUGGAGCUCUUUCGAAAAGCCCAGGCACGUGCUUCGGACGAUCUUGAGAAACUUCGGCUCCAGGGCCAGGUCACUGAGGGCAGCAACAUGAUCAAGACCAUCGUGUUUGGACGCUACGAGCUGGACACUUGGUACCACUCUCCCUACCCGGAGGAGUACGCGCGCCUGGGUCGGCUCUACAUGUGCGAAUUCUGCCUCAAAUACAUGAAGAGUCAGACCAUCCUGCGUAGGCACAUGGCCAAAUGUGUGUGGAAACACCCACCAGGAGAUGAGAUCUACAGAAAAGGCACCAUUUCUGUCUUCGAGGUAGACGGCAAGAAAAAUAAGAUCUAUUGCCAGAACCUGUGUCUUCUGGCCAAGCUUUUUCUGGACCACAAGACGCUUUACUACGAUGUGGAGCCUUUUCUCUUCUACGUUAUGACUGAAGCAGACAACACUGGUUGCCACCUCGUGGGAUACUUCUCCAAGGAGAAGAAUUCAUUCCUGAACUACAAUGUUUCCUGUAUCCUCACGAUGCCUCAGUAUAUGAGACAGGGUUUUGGCAAGAUGCUGAUUGACUUCAGCUAUCUGCUGUCCAAGGUGGAGGAGAGGGUGGGUUCCCCAGAGAGGCCCCUCUCUGACCUGGGCCUCAUCAGCUACCGGAGCUACUGGAAGGAGGUCCUCCUACGCUACCUACACAAUUUCCAGGGCAAAGAGGUCUCCAUCAAAGAAAUUAGCCAGGAAACCGCAGUGAACCCAGUGGAUAUAGUUAGCACCUUGCAGUCCCUGCAAAUGCUGAAAUACUGGAAGGGGAAGCACUUGGUCUUAAAGAGACAGGACCUAAUUGAUGACUGGAAAGCCAAGGAGUCCAAGAGAGGGAACAGCAAGGCCAUUGACCCCGCUGCCUUAAAAUGGACACCACCUAAGGGCACCUAGGACAACACUGGACCCCUUCCCAACCCCUCUCCCUUCAGAUAGGAAUAGACCUCAGCGUUUAAGUAGCUCCUACACCAGUUGCUCCUUCAUUUCAGGCCUCGCUCGUGCAGUAGACUGUGUGUAGAGGUGAUUGUGUUGUACAAGAGGUGCUUCCUGCUGGCACAGAUGAUGCUAAUGCUUCACUUGACUUCUAAAGCUUCCUCGACUCUUGUGCACAGUAAAAACAGUGAUGCCGUAGGAGAACUCCAAGGAUGUGCUGUAUGGCUGUUAUAACUGCCACAGGAUAAAGAUGAUGCCAGUGGACCCAGUCAGAGACCCUUCCCACUCCCCCACCCCCUCCAUAGGGAUCACAGGGUGGAGGGUGCUUGUUUUUGUUUUGUUUGUUUGUUUGGUUGGUUGGUUGGUUGGUUUGGUUUUUGGACUCCUUACUUCUUUUUAAGGUGUGUCAUACUUGUUUGCAUACUUCACUCUUUUACAUUUUUAACAUUUUUUAAUUGAUUAUUCUUCUGUAUUUAAAUGUGAAUUGUAUGUCAUUCUGUAAUUAUGUAUUAUUAAUGAGGGUAUGUCACACAUUAAGUUCCCAGAAGACUAGGCCUAUAAUCAUGUCUGCUGAACCAUUGUUGUUGUUUUUAUUUUUAUUUUUGUUGUUCUUUUUACACAUUGACCCUUCACCUUUUUAUGUCAACAGUCUAUCACGAUUUUGUGUGGAAAUGGAAAGGCCUUUUCCCUCAAAAACUGCAUUAGUAUACCAUCCUUUUUUGUAUGCUAAACUCGUGCAUAUCAGGAUGUACACUAGACAGACUUGAAAGAAGAUGGGCACAGGAGGACCACUGGUGGUUUAUACGGUCACGGUUGAAAAAAAAGCCGUUUUUCAAUUAUGAAAGUCUUACUUAAUUCUUAAGUUUUGCUUCUUCCUCUUUAUUUAUAUUUGUUCUUCUUAUAUGCCAGAUAUAUUUUUACAUGUCAUUAACAUGUUUAGACUACUUCUGUGUGUUUUUAUCUGUAGGUCUUUAGAUUUUGUGGUUUCUGUUUCAAGAUUUUGUGGGGUUUGUUUUCCUUUUUGAAAUAAUUUAUGGAGAGUACAAUUUAUUGUCUUCUUAAAUGGAGUAUUUUAUAAAACAUAUAUGACAAUAAUGUCUUAUAUGACAUAUAAGACCUAUAAAAUAAUAAUGAUUGUCAGAGCCCACACUUUAGGCAAUACCUAUAUUUUAAGUGAAUACAUUUUAAUCUAAAUAUCGGAAUAAAUCAUUUAUUAUAAGGGUACAUAUUUUAAACGUUUUUCAACAAGCAGAGGGACCAUCUCUCAACAUUUGUACCCAUUCUAUUUUUAUGAUACAGAGUAAAAUGAAGCUUUAUGGUUCUCAUGAAAUCCCUGACUGUUACCUAUAUAUAUAAAAAAUCUGAUUUAAUAUUUAUUCACUCUUAUUGAAGUGCACAUGGAAAGAAACCUAUGGGGUCUACCUAUAGGAAAGGGUUUGGUGGCAUCACUGUAAAUAGCAGAGUGUUUAUGAGUUAAUAUCUAGAUUGUAAUUGCAUGUGUUCAGGCAUUUGACCACUUUCAGUUGACAGUGAAUCUUAUAAAACAUGUCUGAAUUCUAUCAACACAACAACCCGAGCAGUCUGAUUUGUGUCACUAUAGCAACUCUUACCAUAAGCAGCAUGCAUUUAGCAAUUUCUCCACUCUGGUGUUCUCCAGUGCAUCAUGAACCCUUUUUUUUUUUCAAAGAAUAUACUGUAGGCCUCUUCUGGGACAUUAUGCUGUUUUGUCUCUGAAAUUAAAAAUGGAAGUAGCUAAUGUAACUGUGUGCCGAUGGUCUUAUAUUUGCCAAAGUGACCAACUUCCCAGCAUGCAUUGGGGCUGGCUUUUUUUUCCGCUGCCAGUCUUUUCCCUGUUUUACCAGAUUGCAGUUUGCCUUGUGUGUCGGUGGCAGCUAUAGAAAGUGCACAGCUGAACUUGGCCUCUGAGCAGCUUGUGUUUUGCUAAAGAAACUUAUGCAGUUCUUCUCCAGACAGUGACAAAUCAACAGUGGUCAUCAUGAACGUGAACAAUGUCCCUGCCUAUUCAAAAUAUAUCUCCCUUUUGUAUGAGUGCACACCUGCUUAUUGCCUCCUAUCCAAUAAAACCUUUCAUUUCAAA